GUGUUUGUGUGUGUGAGAGUUAGUGCGGGCCGGUCUAUCUCUCCCUCCCUCUCUCCCUGCCUGGAGCAGUGUGAGUGUGUGUGUGAGAUCCUGGCCCGGCUCCAGCCUGGUUUAGAGUUCUUUAUUGGCCAACCCAACAAAGUUCCGAGUGAUUUCCAAGUCAGAUGUAAGGGCUGUAGUGUCGGGUUUGGAGCAGCGGGCGAUGGCCGUGAGUUUUGGACGCCGGGUGGUUUUAUCUGCGGCAAGGUCCAGUCCCGUCCCGUCCCGUCUCCCCGCCACUGACUGACUGACCCUCGCUGCAGCACAGACACACAGUUCCUCCAGGACACCGACUCGUGCCUCGCUGCGCUGCCGCGCCGGGGGCCCCAUGGCCCGGCCUGGGGAGGACAUCGCCCCGCUGGCGGAGCACGGACAGGCCGACCAGGGAACCCCGGCUGCCGGCUCCGGACCCCACAGCCCCGGCUCCCCCCGGCCCUCGCCCCGAAACUCCCCGCAGAUCCUCCACAAGAUCAUCAUGAACAGAAGCAUCCGGCUACAACGGCGCCGCUUCACUGUGGCUCAGACCAGUUUCGACGUUGAGAAUGGCCUGUCGUCAGGAUGGGCUCCACUGGAGCCACAGACGGGCCCCAGCUCUGGGCUGGUGCUUCAGGCAAACUACAGCCAGCGGAGAGGCUCCUUCCUCUACCGUUCCGAUAGCGACUUCGACACCUCGCCAAAGAACGCGUCGCGCAACUCCUCCAUCACCGGAGACAUGAGUAACUUGGUCAAGUCUAGCCCGAGGCAACCCUUGGCAUCGCGCCGUUCUGAGCCUGUCCUAGGCCUGGCACUGGGCAAUCAUACAGAAGACAUGAUUGUGACUCCAUUUGCUCAGGUGCUGGCCAGUUUACGGACCGUGCGGCAAAAUGUUGCAACAAUGGCAAGUCAACAGGAUCAGGUGAAGUCCAACUGGCGAACAGCAGGAGGUGCCCCUGGGAUCAGUCGGCAAGCCCCACUCGAGGAGAACUCUCAGAAGAUGGGCCUAGAGACCCUGGAGGAGCUGGACUGGUGCUUGGAACAGCUGGAUACCCUGCACACCCGCCACUCUGUCAGUGAGAUGGCAUCCAACAAGUUUAAGAGAAUGCUGAACCGUGAAUUGACCCAGUUAUCUGAGAUGAGCCGUUCGGGAAACCAAGUGUCUGAGUUCAUUUCCCACACGUUUCUAGACAAAACGCAUGAAAUGGAAGUGCCGCGGGCCAGAGAGGGGAAGCUGGAGACCAUGGGACAAAUCACCGGCUUGAAACAUAGUCUCAGCAUCAUCUCCACUGAUGACAUUCCAGCGUAUGGUGUACAGACCGCCUACGAAAAUGAGCUGGCCAGGGAGCUGAACCAUAUCAAUGAUUGGGGCCUGGAUGUCUUCCAGAUUGGGCAGUUCUCCAAUGACCGACCACUCACAGUUUCCAUGUACAGCAUCUUCAUGUCCCGACAGCUGCUGAAGACAUUCAAGAUCCCGGUGAAGACCUUCAUCACAUACAUGCUGACCCUUGAAGACCACUACCAUCUUGACGUGGCCUACCACAAUAACUACCACGCUGCAGAUGUGGCCCAGUCCACGCACGUCCUGCUUCUCUCUCCCGCUCUCGAGGCAGUGUUCACUGAUCUUGAAGUACUGUCUGCAGUAUUUGCCUCUGCAAUCCAUGACGUUGACCACCCUGGUGUCUCCAACCAGUUCCUCAUCAACACCAACUCUGAGUUAGCGCUUAUGUACAAUGACGCCUCUGUAUUGGAGAACCAUCACCUGGCUGUGGGCUUCAAGCUGCUGCAGGAAGAGAACUGCAACAUCUUCCAGAACCUGUCCAAGAUAGAGUUUCAGAACCUCCGCAAAAUGGCCAUCGACAUGGUGCUGGCUACAGACAUGACCAAACACAUGAACCUACUGGCUGAUUUGAAGACCAUGGUGGAGACGAAGAAAGUGACGAGUUUAGGCGUCUUGUUGCUGGACAACUACUCGGACCGAAUACAGGUUCUGCAGAACAUGGUGCACUGCGCUGACCUGAGCAACCCCACCAAGCCCCUGCACCUGUACCGGGUGUGGGUGGAUAAAAUCAUGAUGGAGUUCUUCAACCAGGGCGACCGGGAGCGGGAGAUGUCCAUGGACAUCAGUCCCAUGUGUGAUAAGCACAUCGCCUCCAUUGAGAAAUCACAGGUUGGCUUCAUCGAUUACAUCGUGCACCCUCUGUGGGAGACGUGGGCCGACCUGGUGUACCCCGACGCAAAGGAGAUCCUGGACAACUUGGAGGACAACCGCAACUGGUUCCAAACCAUGAUCACACGCAGCCCGCCUUCAGUGCAAAGCUCGACCUCAGACAGGGAGGACGAUGCAGAUGACGAGCCCGAGGUGGACAAUGCCCCAGGGGUAGACAAGGCUACAGUGGAGGACAAGGCGCUAGUGGAAGACGAGGCUUCAGUAGAAGACGAGGCUUCAGUGGAAGACGAGGCUUCAGUGGAAGACGAGGCUUCAGUGGAAGACAGGGUGUCCGUGCAAGACAAUACGCUAGUGGUAGACAAGGCGCUAGUGGUAGACAAGACACUCUGGGAAGACAAUGAGCUUGUGGAAGACAAGGCGCGAGUGCUAGACAAGUUGCCCCUGGAGAUGAUGAUGGUGGAAGUGGACAAGUUGUCACAGCUGAGCGUGGCUGGGCUGGACCCGGGCCAGUACAGCUUGGGACACAGCUCAAUGGAGGAGAUGUACACUUGUAGCCCGCCCGAGACGUCCAUCGCCGACUUCUCCAUGUCGUCCUACAGCCAAACGUCAUCCCACAGCAUGUCAGAGUCGAGCAUGGACACGGUGCCCAGCCGGCAGCUGGAGAGCAGCGAGCCGGAACCGGGGCCGGGAGGCAGCAAUAACUCCGGGCGCAACCGGGACAGAGAGGCAGCGGCAGCAGCAGCAGCAGCAGCAGCAGCAGCAGCGCCCAACACAUAACCAACCCCCUGUGUACGGGCAGCACUGAACAACUCUGGCCCUUCUGCCCCUCUCUCCCUCUCUCUCACUCUGUCCCGGCACCAAGCGGCAGACAGGCACACACACCCCUGUCUGUAAAUAUAUGUCCAUAUAUAUAUAUAUAUAUAUGUGUGUGUGUGUUGGGGAGACCAUGUAGGAGGUUGAGGGGGGGGGGGGGGUUUGGCCCCAGAGACGGGGUUUUAUUUUCACCGCCGGACACAACAGGACAAUGUCCCAAACAGCGACCGUGAGCCGGACUUUGCUCAUUCCCGGGGCGAGAAGAAGGGGGAAGACAAUGAAUGGUCAACGGCAGCGCCGGCUGCGGGCAUUGAACCAGGGACCCGAGGACAGCAACGGAGCCGGGCCCAUCAAACCAGGGAGGGGAGGGGUUGGACUGUAUUGUUUUUUUUUUUGUCCAUUUUUAUUGUAAAAGUAUUUGCAGCAAAAAUGAGAUGCGGGGAGCUCCCGGCCAGUGGUGAAACCGGCCCCCUGGCCCCUGUUGUCCGGCCCCUG